AUGCCGAUCGCAACCAAGCAGGAGGGCGAGAAGAAGGCGCUCCUAGUGGGCAUCUGUUACAAAAGCAACCGUAAUUUGGUGAGCAACGGCUUGCGAGUGCAAAUCAUUGCACGCAAGGACGUGAAGAACUUGAAAGAGCCCUCAAUGGGCACCUAUCGCUAUGAAGAGCAAGACAUCGUAAUCAUGAUCAAUCUAACCUCCCAUAUUGAUGAUGGACAAGAUCAGGGCCAUGAACACUUGGGUCGAAGGCAGGCAGCCUGGUGA